AUGUUCUUUAAUCUUCAAUUGCUGUUGUUAGCUCUUCUCGGACUCAAUAUAUACGCUGCCCCUUUACCAGAAGAAACCUAUGCACAAAUUACCAAGAGAGGGGCCAGUCUGAAUGAGUUUUUAAAUAUUCUCAUCGGUCACCUACCGGUGGUCAGCGAGUCUCUCACCAAGGGUACAGCUAUUAUCACUGAUUUAAGCAACUUGCUCGGCAUCUUGACCGGUGCGCAAGAAACAUAUAAUGAAGCUGGAGGCACGUGCAAAGAAUACACCGUGGUGUUUGCUCGUGGUACAGCCGAGCCGGGAAAUGUUGGAGUUCUCGUCGGGCCACCAUUGUUUGAUGCUUUGCUGGACACAUUCGGUGAUUCUGCAGUCACUAUCCAGGGUGUCAACAACUACGCAGCAUCGGUCCAAGGAUACUUGGCUGGUGGAGAUGCGGCUGGAAGCACAGAAAUGGCGCGGCAAAUCGAGGCCGUGAAAUCGAAAUGCCCCAAGACCAAACUAAUUGCUUCGGGGUAUUCACAAGGUUGCCAGAUUGUGCACAAUGCUGCUUCGAAGCUCCAAGCUACAACUGCAAGCUGGAUUAGCAGCGUAUUGCUGUUUGGAGAUCCCAAGAAUACACAACCACUCUCGAAUAUUCCUGCUUCAAAAGUGUACACAGCAUGCCAUGCUGGGGAUGAUAUCUGCAAAAAUGGCAUCCUGAUCGGUCCCGCCCAUUUGACUUAUGCUUUGAAUGUAGAGGACGCUGCCAAAUUUGCUGCAAAUGCGGCAUAG